AUGGCAACUGCACAGCAAAUGCCCCCGGGGCCCCGGUCCGCCCGGCUAGCCGACGACGCCGCGACCGCAGCAUUAUAUGCGACACAGCCUCGACGCAAGGCACCUGUUCGUGAUGCCCCCGUAUCCGAUAACAAACACUUGAAUACACGAGCAACACGCGCUACCACCGACCUGAGCCAUGCCUCCGCCGCAUCUGCCCUGGCGCAUGCGAAUCAGAAACCGAUCGAAAUAUGGCGCCCGGGUCGACUCACCGAUGCCGAGAAGGCCGCGUCCCACGUGAAGGAUUUCUCUCCUCCCCAGAUUCCCCAGAAGAGUACCCAAUACAGCGCAGAAGGGUUGGGUGCAGCCAUCCUUGCUGUGCGGGAGCAGAGAGCCAUGACCGGCCAGUCGCCCAAUCAACAGGCCACCACCCAGCAUGAUACUUCACGAUCGGACCAUAACCAGGAUAAGGCGCUUCGCGCGGCCACCGGUGCAUAUGCGGCCCGCCAAAGGGCGGACUCUGCACCUAUUGAACCGGUCAUUACCACAGAUUCGGAUUGGGCGCUCUCUGCUGCUGGGAUAUCGCACCGCGCUCAGAGAGAAAGCGAAGGCCCCCUGGCCCACCUUGAUAACGCGAUGGAACAGAGCCGGAUCACUCAUGCAAAGACCAAUGCUCGUCUCUACACAUCCUCCCCGCCCGUUUCGAGUGAAGUUCAAGAGCGCAAUCGCAGAAACUCGCUCCAUGCUGCGGCUCUCGUCAUGGCGAGGGACAUGUAUGAUAUCACUGGCCCGACUGGCGAGGCCCCCAAUAUGGACCACGCCGUAUCUGCAGCGCAAAAGGGUCAGAGUCAACUACAAGCACGAAAGACCGUCAGCGGAGCGACUGGAUCAGCUGGCCGACGGGCCUUGAUUCUGCAGGAAGCGGCGCAAAAGCGGGCCGCAGAGAAGCUGGCUCGCAUGCGAGAUGAGCAUGCCGAGAUGCAGCAGUAUUAUGGCACCGCCCCUCAGCCUCAACGGUCGCUUUUGUCUGCCCGACGAAAGAGAACCUCCAGUGACGCAGACGAAACCCAAGUAGACGCAGAACAGUCAAGGCAGAUUCAUAAACAGAUGUUCAGCUUGCGAAACAAAAUGAAUAAAGUCGAUGAAAAACGACAAAAGGAUCGUGACUUGCUAAUGGAAGCAGCCCGUCGAAACGUCGACGCUCAAAUCCACGACAUGGAAAUGAAAGUAUACGCCGACACUGGCCGAGCACCACCUUCCAUCCAAAAACAAUGGGAUGAGGCAGCCAGUGAGAAAGUUCGUCGGGAAGCGGAGGCUGCAGAAGCCAAGAGCGUUCCUGCCGAUCGGGUCAACAUCGGUGCAUCGCGGUACAUGGACAUGGCUGAUGUCGAGGCCGUUGCACGUACCCGCGUUCAACCAGCGCUGGAUGAGAUCACGGACCAAGCUGAGCGUCGAAGAGCUGAAGAGCUGGAGGCGCGUCUCGACGCAGAGGAGCAACAGCGGCAAGCUGCAAUCCAGAGAGAGCGCGAAGCGAGUUUGACUCGAGCUGAACAUCGAGACGGUGUUUCAGAGAAGCGGGGGAGCAAGGGACUUAAGUUCUUCUCAUGGAAGCGGAAGAGCAAGCAACCGCAUGAGGAGAAGGCAGAUGUCAACAAAGAGGCAGCAGCUCAUGAGGCGGCGGCUGAUGAACGGCCCACUGAAGAGGCCCAAGUGGCCCAAGGGGCCGUGGCUGCGCCCGAGACUAAAGAAGCUCCUGCUGCUGCCCCCGAAGUUCGUGAGCCUGCUGUCGCCGCUGCUCCAGAGCCUGCUGUCACUGCUGCUCCACAGCCUGCAGUCGUCGCUGCCCACGAGCCUGUCGCCGUUGCUCCAGAGCCUGCCGUCGUCGCUGCCCACGAGCCUGCCGUCGCCGCUGCUCCGGAGCCUAAGGACAAAGCCAAACCAGAGGAGGCCGCCGAAUCCGCUCCAAGCGAGGCUAUUCGACAGGACAGUGGUAUGCCCUCCACAUCUGGUAUGACAAAUCUGGAGGGCGCUGCUCCUAUCUCUCCCCCCGUCAAUCUCACAUACGAGCCUGCUCAGGACGAUGAUCGUCCCAGUAUGCUGAGGUCUCAGACAGGACCACGCGACGCUGCUGCCACCGGUGGAGUCUCCACCUUGCACAAAAAUCAGGCCAUUACCAGCCCACGCGCCGACUCGAAGCUUAAGACCUGGUUCCGCGAUAGACUCAUUCGUCGCACAAGCGAACCCCAACCCCUGUACCCCCACCAGCCCGGUCCGGAAUACAGUGACAGCGAGUCCGCGUUCACCGGGGGAGCUGCUCUCACUGGGAGAAUCGAGCCUCGCGGGGCAGCGCUAAGCUCGCACCCCGUUAGCACCGAAGACCUCGAGUCCGAGCACGGUGAAUAUGAGGGCGCAACCGAGGAGUCUACCAACAACCCGCAGGUUGCGCAAAAUGGCAAUUCCAAUGAGACCAGCAAGAGACAUCGUCUUCGCAGGAGUUGGCUGAAAACCGUUUCACGCAACUCACAAGAGCUGAAGACUAACGGUACUGAACACCCGAAUCAGAGCUCCGAAGCCGUUCCUACUAGCGAGUUGCGGGGAUUGCGUGACAGUGCCGUCGAACAAGGUCUGCCCGCGCCACCAGUUCUCGGCGAUUCCCUAAGUAUUCGCCGUGAAUCGAGAUUCUCCGAGGAUCUAUGA